AAAUUAAACGAGCUGUUCGACAAAUAUGUGAAAGCAGUCAAACUUUUUUACACCAACGUGAUGUCCGACCUCGGCACUACGUAUGCAAAUCCAUUAAUCCCUCAGAAAUACUUACAGGAGUUCGACAUUGUGGUCCCCACAGCAAAGAACGAAACUCUGUACGAAUCGUUUCAUUCAACCCUCUCUUACAUCACCUUCUUGUGUCUUGUUGGCUUAGGAAAUGUGUCCAGGAACUCGGCUCAGAUUCGCUUAUCGUAUGUCCAGCCAUGCAAGUCUGUCAAUGCACACUAUAAGCACAUUCAAAAACUGAACGAUGACAAGUCCAAAGGCAAGUCUCUCUACAUUUUCCCCUUGCUCUGCUACUCGAAAUGUAUUGGCUUGCUUCCAACAAUGCACGAGCCGUACAAUCACAUUGGUGUGAUCUACAACUCCUUGGGACAAAAGUUCAGUGCCGUGCUCUGGUUUUUGCGCUCCCAAUUUACUCGUGAUCUCUCUUUUGCUGUGGGAAAACGCAAUUUGGUUUCAGCUUUCACCAAACCGUGGUUGGAGGAGGCAUACGACCAAGCAAUUCGCAAAUCCCCUCAAUCAAUAGAGCCAGCAGAUGUCAACAACAUCUUACUACGCAUCAUCGCAGAAUAUUUUUACCCCAGUGCCUUCAGAAAGCGUUUGUAUAUGGAAAAGGCCGAGUCUGAUUUUCUCAACAUCGUUUUCUCGGAGCCUUACUACGAGAGGUACGUUAAAAACACCAACAUGAUUGCUGAGCACUUGACUGUCUUCAUUUGUUUUUAUGAGUUGGCUGUCCAGUCGCAACAGCCCUCCAAUCCUGAAAAAUUCGGAGGGUUUGUCUGUCGUUAUAUCACGGCUUAUCUCACCACAUUGAAACCUCAGUCCUUCGGCCCCUCAAAUGCUGAGAUCCCUCUCAAAAAUAUUAGAUUAAUCUUGGCUUUCUUUAGAAAAAGCCAGAUUAUAAAGUCAUGUGGUCAAAAAUUUCUCAGCAGCUUGGUAGAUGCUUUCAAUGCUCUUCAGGACUUUGACGAAGAGCUGAGGAGUAAGACAAUCGAUGCAUUUGUGGAUGGUAAGGCACCUAUCAGAAGUCAUUAUUUCUCUGAGGAUAUACACUUCAAAGACUUCACACCAAUCGGCUGUCAAUUCAAAGAUUUCGACGAUAGCCACUUGUUUCUGAGCGGAAAUGUUCAUCUCCUUUUCGGUUCCUCCUUCUACGAAGACGACCAAGGCAUGACUGAACUUCUUGACAAUGAAGCCGUUCUCCGCAUAAACAAGGUGGUCGAGCUUGCUUCAGGGGACAAGUGCUACCGUGAUAAGGUGGUUGCUGCCGAAUGCUUGCGCUCUGAGAACAUUUUGCGUUUACAAGCAAGCGUUGUCUUGGCAAGAAGGAUUUUUGGUUCGCGAAUUCACUUGGACUCCGAAAGAGAACGGUUUGAAGUGGAAAAGCUUCACGUCCCAAAAACCCAACAAAGUGACUAUGCACCAGCUCGUCCCAAAAAGAAUAAGAACAAGCAAGCGGAGCGUUCGAAGCAGCCGGUCAAGUCUGAUUCGUUGAAAACAGCUGACCAGCGCUCUCUGCUUCCUACCCUGAGUGAACAAGAAACUGACAAGCCAUCUUUCAAAGCACUUCCUUCUUCAAUGGGAGAGAUUGAGCUGAUGAUUCUUGGACACGCGCCCAAGUUGAUAACUAAGCGUCAAGAACUGGAGACCGAUGUCGGACUAGCUGACAUGGUGUCAGCAAUUGUGAGUGAGGACGAGACAAGAGAGAACUCGACCGCGGCUGGAGAUGGCACUCAGAACGCCACAAACGAGGCCAUUUCCAAAUCAACUGAAAGUUCGCGUGUUGGCUCAAACCGUUUGUUGAACCACACGCAGUUCGUCUAUCCUGAUAGUCGCCAAGGCUUGCAACAACCUAGCCAACAAUCAGUUCACCUGGAAGAUUCCUCGCAAGCAGCGACUUUUGAUAGGGCCGCCUACCAAAAUUCUCAGAUGGGAUAUGCACAACAGUUCCAUGCUUCGCAAGAGAACCUGGCUGCUCAGUCUCCAUUCAUGCAGCAGUAUUCACAAUACUACAUGGGAUUCAACGCGGGUCAGCUUCCCCCUGUCGCCUCAUAUACCGGGAAUAUUCCUCCAUCCACCGCAUUUCAUUCUAUGCCCUUGCCUCAGCAAAAUGGAGCCUUCUAUCCUGGAAUCCCUCCAUUCCAGUCCUCGCAGCCUAUGGCACCUACUCCAGCCAACUCCUACGGAAUGUUUGCACCGCCGCACUAUAUGAUUGCGCAAUACCCGCCCAACAUGCCUCCGCAAUACCCACCUAAUAUGCCCUCGCAAGAUGAUCAGAAAAAAGAUAAGCCCUCUACGCAGGGUGCGUACUCUAUGUACCCCCAAUACUUCAACCAAUGAUGAAUUCACUGCGAGGUGCACGUGAUCAUGUGUCUGCAUCUCUCAUGAUGAAUG